AUUUUUAAUAAAUAAAAAAGUUAAAAUGUCUAAUAAUAGGUUGCCUCUCACUCAAAGAUUUUUAUAGUCUUUAUUUUGAAGUUUUGAAUUUUUUGGGUUAGUUUCAAGGUAAAUGAGAACUUGUUGAAAAACAAGUCUCAACAUCUUCAUCACUCAUCUCGAACCAGAUGCCCACAAAGCUGUUAUGGUUUUUCCUCCUUUGGUUCUUUGUUCUUCUUGCUUCUUGAUAGUAGCACUAAUCUGAUCCACUCGCAGCUCUAGACUCUCAUGUCAGUUGCUACCCUAACUAAUCAUGUUGUUGAUUAUUUUACAUUAUUUGUCUUUUAGUGAAAAGGUAAUUUGGACACAUUAUUUUAAAAAGAAUUCCCACAAAUACAAUGUGUCUUAUAAUGUACCUCAAAGACAAAAUAUGAUUUUUGGUGCAUUUUUUUUCACAAGACAAUAUGUUCAUUUUUUCUAAGAACUGAUUAUAUAAUUUAUCGUCAAACAAAUUUUAAAUUAUCGAAGGUAAACUAAGAAUCUAUGGUUUUUUGACACGUUAUUUUCAAAACAAUUUUCAGAUGUUAAUUUCAUGUUUUUUUAAGAACUUUAAAUUUCAUUAAAGUCUGUAGAUUUAAGAUUUUGUUGACCUUAACUUUUGUUAAAUUAAAUACCAUUUUAAGUUUUGUUGAUUUUGAAUACCAUGACAAACCAGACUUUUCAAACAUGAAAUCUUAGAAGUUGUUGACUUAUAAGAUUUAAAUGACUCCAUUUGAUUCUAUCAGUUUUCUUUUUAGUUAAUAAAUUAUUCUUACAAGGGAAUAUACAUGUAUUAUGCUCAAAAAAAUCUUAAAUUAUAAUUUUGUAUGGUAUCAGAAGUUUUUAAGUUUUACUAAGAUUUUAUUGAUUUUGAAAAAUUCAUCUAUAUAAACAACGAUCAUUCUUAGAUUAUUAGCUAUACAAAAAAUAAACUCAAAAGUAAAACCUUUUAUCAUAAGAUGAAGUCUUCAAAAUUGCAUUUUGUUGUUCUUCUCAUCAUCAUUUCUUUCAUUCUUAAUAUUCAAUCUGCUAGAAUUCUCGAUGAUUCAUCAAGCGAUUGUGAAUUCAAAGGACCUUGUCAAAAGAAGACAGAUUGUUACGAGAGAUGUGGAGUAGGAAAACCACCCUUCAAAAUUGCUUUGUGUGAACCUUAUGGAAAUUCACGUGUAUGUUGUUGUAUCUAAUUAUUAAUAGCCUCAUUUGAUAGAAGUUAUGUCUUUUAGUUUUAUCUGAAAGAAAAUAUAUAUAGCAAUAUGAUAUGCUUACACAUAACUACAUUUUUACUUACACUUUGGAUGUAUUUCAACAUAUAUCAAAUUACAUAUCUUCAAUAUAUGGAGGGUUAUAGAUAAAUCAAAUUAUGGAUGAUUCAUCAAGCAAUUGAUAAUUAACUAUCAAAAAUAAUAGAUAAUCAAAUAUUAAUAAUUUAUUUUAUUGGCUGGUGGGGUGAUUUCGAAAAAAAUUAUCAUAUUUAGUAUACAAUAUUAAGCAUUUAUUAUAAAAUAGUUAACUUUUGACUAGUCAAAUUUAUUUAUUUAUUUAAUUUUUUGUUCUAACAACAAUAACACAUCAGACGAAAACACAUUUUGCUAACGAUUUAACUUAAAUCUAUGUAAAUAUAAUAUAAAUAAACUUGAUAAGUAUAAGAUUAAAUGUAAAUUGAAGGCUCGAUAAAUAUGCGUCUGAGUUUGGCAGACAAAUUUUUCCUUCUAUCAACGGUGAUCCUUCUAUGUCGACGAAAAUUUUCAAUCCAGUAUGGCUCUGUGAAACUUGAAAACCAAAUCUGAACAUAUUUCAGAAAUCAGGAUGAUUUUCUAUCAACUUAUAGAAUGAAUAACUAAUGGAGUUUAACUCGUAAUUGAAUGUUAUUGGUGGAUAUAGAAAGCUGGAAAUGACAGCUUUCAGAUCCCAACGUGAAAGUGACUUGAGUCCUUCUUUAUCAACUGGAAAUCACUUCACAAUAUGGCUCUGUGAAGCAGAAAAAAAAAAUCUUAUAAAUGCAAUCUAUGGGGUAAAUGGAUUAAAUGCAAUCUGCUAAAGGAGAAAAGUUUCUGGGAAAUAAGCACAAAAAUGCAAGCUAGAUCUUGGAUGUGGAGAAAGAUGUUGAAACUGAGAGAUGUUGAUAAGUCUUUUUAUAGAAAAGAGUUGGGAAAUGGUAGGCAUACUUCUUUCUAGUAUGAUAGAUGGUCAGAUAGAGGUGUGCUCUCUGAUUUAUUGGGAGAAAGAGGCAUUAUUGAUUUGGGUGUUAAUAGGAAAGCUACGAUAGAGGAAGCAGUUCUAAAUUUUUGGAGAAGAAGAAGACAUCGUAUUGGGUUAAUAAAUGAUAUUGAAUCAGAGUUGAAUAUUUUUAAAGGGAAUCUGAGCUCAAAGUUGGAUGAUGUUAGCUUAUGGAGAAGGAAGUCGGGAUUUAAGCAUAAAUUCUCGACCCAUGAGACUUGGAUGUUAUUGAGGGAGAUUAAGACACAAUGCACUUGUUCCCAUGGUAUUUGGUUCUCCCAAGCUACGCCAAAGUUUUCUUUUAUGUCUUGGCUGUCGAUUCUGGAUAUAAUGUCCACAUUGGACAGAGUCUCUCGUUGGAAUCAUGGGGUAGAUACAACGUGUGUUCUGUGCAAGAAUGCCCAUGAAUCAAGGAAUCACCUUUUCUUUGAAUGUUUCUAUUCCUCUCAAUUUUGGGAGCAUAUCACUAAAGGGAUUUUCCGAAACUCCUAUAGUAAUGUCAGGUCCGAGAUUCUGAUGCUAAUUACAGAUGAGACUAUGGAUAAGAAGAGCAUGUUCUGUAUUAGAUAUGCGUUUCAGGCGGUCUUGUACUCGCCGUUGAAGGAACAAAAUAAGAGUAAGCAUGGUGAUGAGUUGAUGCCGAUGCCAGUUUUGAAGAAGUUAAUUGAUAAGGGGAUCGGAAAUCUAUUAUAUAAUAGGAGAGUUUCUCUCCCCCUGAUGCGACACGUCAGCGGUCUGUGGGUCCCACUUUUUAAAAGUGUGAAAAAAUGUCAAAUAUAUGGCUCGAACCCAGGUUAUUGAAAUAUAAACAUCCACAAUUAUACCACUGCACUAAAGGAUACUUUGUACAUUGAUGGCCGAAACUAAUAUAUAUUAUGAAGGUCGGAAACUAAUAUAACAUUAUGGACCCCACCUUUUUUUUUUUAAAUUGAUGGGUAACGAAUGGACUUCGACAAAAUGGGCUUUGGGCUUAUUGAUUUUCUGUUUAUUAGGCUUUGUAUCUGCCCAAAGUGGUGAUACAGACAAAGCUAAGAAGAUUAGGAAAGCCGCCAUCUUCACCAUCUCCUUCGUCGCUUGCGAUUCCCCUUCUGGCAAUCAGUUAUUAUGGUCGAUCUUUAAGGCUCUACGCACGUUUUGCGCCUACCAAACGCUUAGUUUCUGCUCUAACGCCUUCAGAGCUAUCAUAUAUAUAGAAUCCCUCGAGGUAUAAGCUCCAUCUUGUCUCAAACUUUUCUUUUUCAGUUUUCCGUUCGCUUUACUUUCUCACAUCCGUCGCGAAAAUGACUUAUCCAGCUGCUCCAGCCACUUCAGCCACCAUUGCCGCCGUUCCCUUCUCCACCUUCAACUCUCUCCGCCUUGGAAGGUCCACUCAGUCCAUUGUUGGUCGGCUCAUCCGAUUCUAGGAUUCCAGGAACAUUAACAAGAAUGGAGAGUUUAUGGGCAUCACCAUUCUCCUCCUUGAUGAACUGGAUUCUGUGAUCCACGGUUUCAUCCCUGCAAUCUCCAAACAAAACAUGAAAACUGAAUGAAUUAUGUUUUUAGCAACCG